AUGUUUAAAAAGUGGAAACCGACCUUUUUUUCUUCUACUUCGUAUAUACCAACGAAUGACAAUACGCAGCGCGAAAACCUGCUAGCACCAGAGGAGCAAGAUGACACAACAGAUGCUCGGCACACAAAUCAGCAGUUUCCGCUAGUUGUAUAUUGGAUAUACUUUACAUAUGGCAUCGCUAUGCUACUACCAUGGAACGUCUUUAUCACUGCUUCAGAUUACUUUUCCACUCGUUUUGCUGGAUCUCCUUAUCAAGACAGCUUUCAGAACUAUUUCUCGGCAUACUUCAAUUGCUCAAACUUAGUUUCCUUGGCUGUGUUGCUGUGGAUACGUCAAAAGAAGGAUACCUUGAAUAUCGAUGUCGUUGUGCCAUUAUCAAUCAACCUGCUUAUCUUUUCAUUCUUUGCUCUGUCUUCCUUGACAGAUCCAAAAGAAGCAGCCGCUGUCUCUUAUUUCUGGACUACGAUUGCAUUCAUGGUAAUUACUGGUUUGACGACCAGCAUGAUCCAAUUAACGGUGCUUGCGGAAACAAGUCAACUCUUACCAAAGUAUAUGCAAGCUGUCAUGAGGUAA